ACGGUGGACCUUGACGAUAAAAAAGAGCAACUAAAGUCUCGGAGAAGAGCUGCUUAUCGAAAGAAAAAAGAGGAGCAGCCAGCAAGCAAAAAGUUGAAAAACAGCUUGAGGAAGAACACAAGGGUGACUUAACAGACGAGCAAACUGAGCAGAGAAACGCGCGGAGGAUGUUACAUGGUGAUAUGCUAAAUGUGGGUGGGUUACCUCUCGGUGAUAUCACUAAUGUGUGUCAACCAACCACGGUGGACCUUGACGAUAAAAAAGAGCAACUAAAGUCUCGGAGAAGAGCUGCUUAUCGAAAGAAAAAAGAGGAGGCAGCCAGCAAGCAAAAAGAUGAAAAUCUUUCUGCCCUUUCGAUAUCAGAUAUGGAAAAUAUUCCCCUGCUACCUCUCGGUGAUAUCACUAAUGGGUGUGAACCAUUCUCGGUGGACCUUGACGAGAAAAAAGAGCAAAUGAAGGCUCGGAGGAGAGCUGCUUAUCGAAAGAAAAAAGAGGAGGCAGCCAGCAAGCAACUAGAUGAAAAACAGCUUGAGGAAGAACACAAGGGUGACUUAACAGACGAGCAAACUGAGCAGAGAAACGCGCGGAGGCGAGCAAGUUAUCGGGGAAAAGUGGGGGACGGAACGAUCAAUCUUGAAGAAAAAAAUCAGAUGUUGCAAGAAUGGCGCGUGCAACACCCUAAAACCAUGACUGAGGAUGAAAGGGGGGAGUCAAGUGCAAAGAGAAAGGCAAAGUAUGCUGCAAAGAAAUACAUGCCAUGUGCUGAAUCGAUCGCAAUGCCACGUCCAGAUCUAAGUAGCACAUUGUCCAACCCUACAACACAUUGUCCGACUCUCACACUUUCAGCCCUCACGCAACAAUUCGACAGUGAACAAAUAGAUCAUGCUCCUACAGUCAAUGCGGCCCCCACAUACAUUCGCAACACCGAAACCGAUGGUGCAUACCUAAGCAGAACCUUCGGUGAUGGUGCUGUAGAUGGCGACCUGAUCAAAGGUACAAUAGCGGAUAAUGGAGUGGACGGGCAAAGUCAUGAGUCCAGAGCAACGCCUGGGAGGAGAGAGCGAGCUUGCAAGGGUGGUGUAGUGGCAAAGAUGCGUCAACAGAAAAUUGUGAAGCAAAAAAAAUGUACGCAGGUAGCGCAUGGUGAAAGGAAUGUUCUACGCGAUCGACGUAAUGAAAAGUUUGCAGGUAGGGUCAUGACCCCAACCGUCAGGUCCAUCUCCAUUCCGAAAAUGAGCUCAACUGGACAACCUACCGUAGUGGAAGCACAUGGUGCCUCGACCUCAUCUAGCACGCCGGAGUACACGAUCAGAAGUGAAGACGACAUGGACGCUUACCUGAGUCGUCUCAUGAAUGAUAAUGUCAACCCUGAUAGCCUCUUUGACGACGAGUAUUACCUGUUUGCUGGUGAAGGCUCAGAUCCUGAUGACGUGGAACACGACGAAUUGGAAGACUCAAGACACAAUACCUAUGUCGACCAUGAUCCAUUGGACUAUGUCUACUCAAACCUCCCAGACCACACACACAUCUUGAAGCAUGCCGCAAAUUGCGAUCACUGCAAGGCCAAGAAGUUUGUGUCUGAGGCCCCGGGAUUCUGCUGUCGCAGUGGGCAGAUCCAGCUGAAGCAACCGGAGCCCGUCCCGGAGCUAAUGAGGCUUUGGUCUAGCAUGGAUUCGGACUCAAGGCAUUUUCGGGAUAACAUACGAUUCUUCAACGGCCACUUCUCCUUCACAACCCUCAGCGUCAGCCUUGAUGAAAGCUACACAAACAUGAAGUCUGGGGUGUACACGUUCCGGGCGCACGGCACCAUCUACCACAACAUUCAUUCCUUCGGGCCAACAUCACGUCCAGAUCAUCUACAGUUGUACUUCUACGACGACGAUCCAGGCCUAACCCAUCGCAAGGCUGCCACCGAGCAAUUAGACCAAGAUGUCGUCAGAAAGUUAGUGGACAUACUCAGGGAAAACCCGUACUCCCAGCAGUUUAGGAGUUUGGGUGCGCACAGGGACAACCUCGACGAUUACAGGAUAGACCUCAACACUGACCAGAGACUAGAGCAACGGAAGUAUAAUAGUCCUCUGUCAUCUGAGGUCGCUGCAAUUUGGGUGGAGGGCACUGACCUAGCAAAGAGGUUCGAUCGUAGGAUUACACUUUGCGGGAAUGACAACCAGAGGCACAGUAUACAUGUGACGGCUGGCUCGUAUGACCCUCUCUCUUACCCACUCUUCUACCCCAGGGGGGAGCUCGGUUGGCACCCGAAAGUUCCUAAACGUGAUGUCCCUUGGCCGGUUGUGCAACAACCAAGAGGUCGAGGUGAUGAUGAUGAUGAUGAGGAUGCAGAGGGGAAUAGCAGGUUAUGCGUCUCAGUGAGAGACUACUACUGUUACAUGCUCCAGACACGACCUGGGAUAUUCAAUCCCAUACUCUGUGGAGCACGAUUGCUCCAGCAAUGGGGGGUGGACAUGUACAUCAAGAUUGAGAGUUGUAGGUUGAAAUGGUACAGGAAGAACCAAACAAAGAUCCGUGCCGACCUAUAUAAAGGAGUUGUUGAUGCAAUUACAUCCGGGGAGACCCGGGCAAGCGCUGUUGGAGUAAGGAUAGUGCUACCUGGAACGUACCCACGUGGCGACCGCGACAUGAAGCGGAGGCAUAUGGAUGCCAUGGCAAUUGUCCAUACUUACGGGAAGCCUGACAUCUUCUUGACCAUGACCUGCAACCCUAACUGGGAAGAGAUAACGAAUGAGUUGUUUCCUGGUCAGACAGCGCAAGACCGACACCUGAUCUUGUGGCUCGUGUGUUCCAUGGCAAGCUAG